GGGCACCGAGGCAAUGAGCUAUCUGCUCAGCUUAACAGCAGGACGCUGCCAACAGGCGCUCCCUGCUCCAGGCCAGCCUGCCCGCUCCACCGCUGCUAUGGUCUCCAUGCCCACCACCUGGUGCUCUGUUGCGCUAGCCCUGCUCGUGGCCCUGCAUGAAGGGAAGGGCCAGGCUGCUGCCACCCUGGAGCAGCCAGCAUCCUCACCUCAUGCCCAAGGCACCCACCUGCGGCUUCGCCGUUGCUCCUGCAGCUCCUGGCUCGACAAGGAGUGCGUCUACUUCUGCCACUUGGACAUCAUCUGGGUGAACACUCCUGAACAGACAGCUCCUUACGGCCUGGGAAACCCGCCAAGACGCCGGCGCCGCUCCCUGCCAAGGCGCUGUCAGUGCUCCAGCGCCAGGGACCCCUCCUGUGCCACCUUCUGCCUUCGAAGGCCCUGGACUGAAGCCCGGGCAGUACCAAGCCGGAAGUCCCCUGCAGACGUGUUCCAGACUGGCAAGACAGGGGCCACUAGAGGAGAGCUUCUCCAAAGGCUGAGGGACAUUUCCACAGUCAAGAGCCUCCUUGCCAAGCGACAGCAGGAGGCGAUGCGGGAGCCGCGGCCCACACACUCCAGGUGGAGGAAGAGAUAGUGCCGUGAGCUGGAGGAACAUUGGGAAGGAAGCCCGUGGGGAGACAGGAGGAGAGAAGUGGCCAAGGCUUGUAGACUCUCUGCCUGCUUCCUGGACCAGGGCCUUACUCCCAGACAGCGGGACCCAUUUACCAGGAUUGGCACAAGCUCUGGCCUCCUCGCCCUGGUGAGGGAGCCUCCUCCAAGGCAGCUCCGUGUCCUCACACUGCCCGGGGAAGCCCUCGGCUUCUAGACUACAGAGCAGCCUCCAGCGCUGGCUGCGGGCCCACAGCUCUGCUGGAAGGAACUGCAUGGGGAGUACAUUCAUCUGGAGGCUGCAUCCUGAGGAGUGUCCUGUCUGCUAGGCUACAAAGCAGGAGCAACAGUGCAGCUGGGAACACGCGUGCCUGGAGGCUGGACGGCUCCCGUGGGGCUGGUGUCCUGGCUGACUGUGUCAUCUCCAGCUUUCCCUCCCCAGAGUCCUUGCACCCUCAUUCCCUCGGGACCCUCCCAGUGAGAAGGGCCUGCUCUGCUUCUCCCAUCUGUAUAUAACUUAUUUGCUCUAAGAACUUCGAGAAUCCCAAUUAUUUAUUUUAAUGUAUUUUUUAGACCCUCUAUUUACCUGCGAACUUGUGUUUAUAAUAAAUGAGGAAACGUA